AUGAACGCACAUACAAUUUGUGGUCCACCAGCCGUACCAGUAAAUGCCAAAGUACAAACAACAAAAUCAGAUAAUGGACUGAGUGAAGCAAGAUACGAAUGUGAUUUGGGUUAUGAACUUUUUGGACCUGCAACAAUUCGUUGUGAUCCAAUCAAAGGCUGGGAAAAGGAACUUCCAUUCUGUGGCACAAACGUUGCUUACCGUAAGCCAGUCAAUCAAUCUUCUGCAACACGAUCUGGCCCAGCUUAUUAUGCGAAUGAUGGAAAUCCAGGAAACCAAAUUCCUGAUGGUCAAGAAUGCUCGGAGACACAGAAAGAAGCUUCACCUUGGUGGCGUGUCGAUUUACUUGCACCACAAACUGUGAGAGUCGUGAGAAUCACAACCCGUGGAUGUUGUGGGCAUAGUCCACUUCAAGAUCUUGAAAUUAGAGUUGGAAAUAGCAGCACAGAUCUCCAAAGAAAUCCUUUGUGUGCUUGGUAUCCGGGCCAACUUGAUGAAGGUACAACUAAAUCAUUCACAUGCGCUCGCCCACUCAUUGGACAAUUCGUAGCUGUUCAACUUGUCGGAGUCGAAGGAAGUCUUAGUCUUUGUGAGGUCGAAGUCUUUUCCAACGAUGAUUUCUCGAGUGAGCGUUGUGCAUCGCCUAAUUUACCCCCCGAAACGAUUUUGACGACGUUUUCUCGAACGUGUUAUGAAUUUCAUGUGACACGAGGUGAAAGCUUCGAUAAAGCCAGGGCAAUCUGUCGGCAGCAUGGUGGUGAUUUAUUGCACGAUUUCCGUGGUGCGACACAAGACUACAUAUUGGCAGAGUUGGAUCGACGAAAGUCUGAUUUAAAGACACAACUUGUAUGGGUUGGCGCACAGAAAGAACCCGGCAUUACAGCCCGAACAUGGAAAUGGGUUAAUGGUGACGUCGUUGUUCGUCCGACAUGGGGAAAGGAUCAACCUAACAAUUACAAUGGCGAACAAAAUUGUGUUGUACUUGAUGGCGGUCGAAAUUGGUUAUGGAAUGACGUUGGAUGUAAUCUUGAUUACCUUCAUUUCGUUUGUCAACAUCCGCCACUUUCAUGUGGAUCACCAGAUAUUUUACAUAAUACAACAAUUGUUGGAAAGAAUUUUUCAGUCGGUGCAAGUAUCGAGUACAAGUGUCCAAAGGAACAUUCACUUGUUGGUAACGCUACGAGGGUGUGCCAGUCAAACGGCUUUUGGAGCUCAACAGCACCAACGUGCAAAUAUAUCGAUUGUGGUCCAUUGCAACCACUUGAACAUGGUGCAAUCUUAAUGUCGGAAGAUCGUACAAGCUUCGGUGUUCAGGCAUCUUAUACUUGUCAUGAAAAUUACACGCUCAUAGGAAAUGAAAAUCGAACAUGUGGUUUGACUGGUUGGACGGGAACGCAUCCGCAAUGUCUCAUCGAUUGGUGUCCGGAAGCACCAGCAGUUACCGGAGGAAAGAUGAAAAUAUCUGGAAGGCGUGCAGGAUCAACUGCAAGUUAUUCCUGUGACUUUGGAUAUGUGUUGACUGGUGAAUCAGUUCUGUCAUGUGGAUUGGGUGGUGAAUGGACUGGAAAACCACCAACAUGUAAAUAUGUUGAUUGUGGAACGCCAGCAAGACCAGAUCGUGGGUCUUUAAUUCUUGUUAAUGGCACGACAACUGUUGGUUCUAUCGUCAAAUACGAUUGUGAUGAAGAUUAUUGGCUUGUUGGAGGGGAAAGUUCACAAAUUUGUUCGAGAGAUGGAAAAUGGUCUGGAAGCACACCAUCAUGUGAACUAAUCACAUGUGACACACCACACGUUCCACCCGCAUCUUAUGUCGUUGGUUAUGAUUACAAUGUUCAUUCAACCAUCACAUAUCAUUGCGAUCCCGGACAUAUUUUAAGUGGCGAACAUUUGUUGAAAUGUCUUGAGACUGGCGAGUGGGACAAUGAAGCUCCAGAUUGUAAAUUCGUCGAUUGCAAGCCAUUAACAGCGAUUCCAUUUGGAACAAUUAAAUAUGUUAAGAACACAACUUACCUUGGAUCAGAAGUUGUUUAUAGUUGUGCAAACACUCACAGAUUAAAUGGAAUUUCAAAGCGAACAUGUCUUGAAUCUGGUCAUUGGAGUGACUCAGCUCCUAAGUGCGAGGAAAUUCGAUGCCUUGAACCGGUUCUUGCUGCACAUAGCAUUUUGUCAGUAACUGGAAAUGAUCGAAUGUAUGGACGAACUUUAAUAAGAUCACAUCAAGACUCAUCAAGUUCAAUUCAAACUUAUAAAGUUGGUGCACUUGCCAAGUAUCGUUGUGAACGUGGCUACAAGAUUAUUGGAGAUCCUCUGAUAACUUGUGAAGAAAAUGGAAUUUGGGGUGGAAAUGUUCCCGAAUGUGUUUAUGUUGACUGUCAAACGCCACCGCCGAUUCCUAAUGGAACUGUCACUCUCUCAACUAAUGCAACUUAUUAUGGUGCUGCAGUACUUUAUGAAUGUUUUCCUAAGUUCAAACUCGAUGGUGUUUCAAGAAGACUUUGCUCUGAAGACGGUACAUGGGGACAUGAAACACCAGUUUGUGUUGAAAUAACUUGCCCAGUGCCGGAUGUAAACGAACAUCUUAAUGUUGAUAGUGGACGAAGACUGGUUGGAGAAACCGCCAAAUUUUCUUGUACGAAAGGAAGAUAUCUGGUUGGAAAUAGUACAAGACAUUGUAUGCCUAAUGGACAUUGGGCUGGAAAGAAUCCAAUCUGUAAACCAAUUGACUGUCAACGACCACAAGAGAUUGAAAAUGGUCGAAUUAUUGUUGUGAAUGAUGUAACAACUUAUGGUGGAUCUGCAGAAUAUCAUUGUAUUCCACAAUACAAUCGAAUUGGUCCAUAUUUGAGGAAAUGUAUGGAAGAUGGCAAGUGGAGUGGUGAUGAGCCUCGUUUGGCUGUGAGUGAAGCUCAAGACGAGAGUAGUUUUGGAACGGGAGUUGGCAUUGCUGCUGCCAUUAUUGUCAUACUUUUAAUAUUCAUUCUUAUUGUCUUCCUUCAUCGCAUGAAUGUAUCUGAUUCCAGUAAUAAAUCACGUCCAGUGAAGAAUUCAGAGAAUGUUCAAGCAGCCGAACGAAAGGAAGAUCAAAAUGCUGCCGUGAUGUCAUACUCGAGUCUCGAGAAUCAACGUGCAAACUUUGAUUUGCAAAAUCGUACUGGAAUGGCGACUUUUAAUACAUUCCAGGCGCCAGUUAGAAAUAGUAAUAGUAAUAAUAAUAGCAGUAAUAUAAGUAACGACAAUAGUCUCAGAUCAGAGAACAUUUACGAUCAAAUACCCAGUGAGACGAUGUACGAUCAGCCUUACGAGAUGCGAGUCAACGAUGAGAUGUAUGAGCCCGAACCCAACAGAGGUAACAUCAUCACAAUAAAUGGAAUAAGUGUUCGUUAA